UGCACUUUCCACUCUAAAAACCAAAGUUCGGUGACACUAUAAAUCCCAAUUAAUACACCAACCAGAAAGUUGGAAUCAAUUUAAUCCUUUCCCGCGGAGCCCGGCGGGCUUUCAGACACCACUGUCUCUACCUAAAACUCAACACACACCAAUAAACCCUCCUUCCUCCCUGCCCUCUUCAAAUCUCACCUUUCAUACACUUUUACAUAAUUAUACAUCUCUCUCUCAUGUUCGCGGCGGAGCCACCUGCAUCAGCCCCUGGUGUCGGCGUCGGCUACGGCAUAGCCAUUGCCGUCAGCAUCCUCGUCCUCAUCUCCGCCAUCAUGCUCGCUUCUUACGCCUGCGUUAAAGUUAAAGGCUCAACCGGCAGAGGUCACACAGGCGAUGCCCCUUCUAACUACUACGAAGACCGCAACCGCCGCUUCUCCACCAUAAGCAACUCAACGGAGCCUGUGGUGGUCCUCAUGGGCCUCGACGAUCCCACCAUUGACUCGUACCCAAAGUUGGUACUCGGCGAAAGCCGGCGGAUCCCUCAGCGCAACGACACCGUGUGCUCCAUUUGCUUGUCCGAGUACAAGCCCAAGGAUCAAGUACGGUGCAUUCCGGACUGCCACCAUUGUUUCCAUGCAGAAUGCGUCGAUGAGUGGCUUCGCAUGAGCGCCACGUGUCCGGUUUGUAGAAAUUCUCCGGCUCCGUCCGCCGGUCCAAGCCCUCUGUCCGAUUUGGUGCCACUGGCCUUCAAUGCCAGGUGAUUCUGAUUCUGAUUAUUUUCAACUUCUUUCUUGAUUAAAAUCCAGGGUUUUUUUUCUAAUUUACUUUCAAUGGCGGGUUAGGGUAUUCAUCUUCAAAUCACCGUGUGAUCCGGAUUCAAAUCUUAUCCUGUUCUUGUUCUUAAGAGUAGAUUGGUCUAAAAGAAGUUGCUACACGAAUUUUUAUUUGCUUUUUAAGUUGGAGAUUUUCACAAGUGACAAUCUUUCGUCCUCGAUGGAAGGAACACAUGGGUAGUAUAUAGUAUUAGUUGGUCCAUCUUGAUUUGCAUUUACGUUCAUGUUGGAGGUUAGACGACUUUGAUUUGUUCACAUUGAAUACAAAGUUGUUGGAUUGCCGUA